AUGAAAAAAAAUGAAGAUCUUUUACAUGCUAUACUUGAUAUAAUUGGUUGUCAACGUGCAUUUCAAUAUGCACAUGAAGCAAUUCGAUUAUAUAAUACAAAUGAUUCAUCAAUAAUCAAAUCUGAUAAUGAACAAAUACGAACAUUAGAUGGUGUUUAUUUUAAAAUGUUUAUUAAAGAUAAUGAUAAUGAUUUAAUAAGUGAACAUGAUCGUAAUCAAAUUAAAAAACGUAAUCAAGAAAUACAAAAAGUUAAAAAGAAGAGAAAAACAAAAAAAAUGAAAAAAGGGUGUGGGUGUGGGUGUGAGUAGAUGUGCGUGUGAGUAGAUGUGCGUGUGGGUGGGGUGUGAGUGUAGAUGUUCUCAUCACACCCACACCCAUCUUAUUUUCAUUCAUUUUGAAUGAUUAUUUUUACAUAAUUUUCGUGAAUUGAAAGCCUGAUUUUCAUCAAUGGAUUUUGAAAAACAUUAAAGAAUACGUUCGUUUCAUCAUCACAAAUGGCAUUUUUUUCAUUUCACGGGAAAAACUUCAUUAAAAUGAUGCAAAUAACAUUAUUUUUUGUCAUUUUAUAAGUCACAUCCGUACCCACACUCAAUUUAAAAUAUUUUACAAUGAAUUAAAAUUUUUCUAUAACAUUCAAACAAUUAGUUCAUAGUCAGCCUAAAGAUACAAAAAAAAACACAAAUAUUUUAAUUUGUUAUAAUCAAUACAAUACGUUUCACAUUUGGCCAUUUAAUAUGAUUAACAUUUGUGUAAACACAUUCCACCCAAAGACUUAGUUUAAUUUGUAAAAAACAAUCUAGAUAUUGUAUGUUUGAUGUCAAAUCAUGUCACAAGACAUGUACUUGUUUGUAAUGAAUUAUCAACAUUUUCUCAUUUUUGAAAAAAUCCAACUAGUUGUUAUUUUCUCACAAAAUAAUUUACAAUAUAUCAUUUUUUAAAAUGAAUGAAUAUGGUUGAGUUUUUGAUGAAGCUCUACAUCAGUUAAAUUACUAAACGAGCUUUAUUGUAAAAUAUUUUCGUACAUAUAUUUGUUUUGAUGCAUCAAUUCUUUUCUAAUUCAUUUCAUGAGUAUAUUGUUCAGAAUCCCAUACCUCAAAUCCAUAAACUAUUAUCACAUCAGUUUUUAUCUUGUUAUGAUACUGUAGUUAUUAAGUAGUCCUUUAACUUUCUCGAUUUCAGUAUUACUGAUUUUUGUGAAUUGAACUAAAUAAAAUAAAUUUUCUUUUUUUUUAAAUCUUUAGCGCAAAAAAAAAUCUACUCCAACUAUCUUUGAUAUUUUUAAUGCGCAAACAAGAAAAGAAUAAAAUUGAACUGUAAGUUAAUAUAAUUAUAUUGAUUUCAUGAACCUUUUUUUUACUAGAUUCCAUUUACAUUUGAGAACAUCAAAACAUUCGAUAACAUAAAAUGAAAUAUCACUUGAUUGAUAA